UACAAAGCAAUGAGAAACCUGCCGAGAACAAGAUAAUUUAUAUGCUUUAAAUGGAAGUGAAAUAACUACCGCUUUACCACGAUUGUUAUUUAAAGAAACAGAUACUGUUUUUUUGUCAAUUUAAGUUCAAUGACUAACAGAUAUUUCGAUCGGAACACAAUGUGUUAAAAAAUUCAUGGACAUAUUGAUGUUUUUGAGGAUAUCGCUUUAGUGGUUUGCUAAGUGGGUUGUUAUUGUUUACGUAAUGGAGUACGACAAUGACGAGAACACUUGGCGGCGGCCGUCCGCGCAGAAGGCGGAGCGGUCGAAGUGCAACCAGAUCCCGAAGCGAUCCACCACGGUGGCCGUGGUGGUGCUGGGGCUGGCCGUCAUGAGCUGCCUGCUCGGCUACUGCGUGCUCAGCGAGACGCUGCCUUACGAGUCCAGGACCUUACGACUUGUCAUCAUUUUUUUUCGCCACGGAGCUAGAACCCCAAAUUCAAGUUAUAAGACUGAUCCUUUCAAAGCAUACCAAUGGCCAGAAGGCUUGGGAGGUCUUACCAAUACUGGCAAACUUCAAUUGUAUGAGCUAGGAAAGAAAUACCGGAGUUAUUAUGCCAAUUUCAUUGAUGAAGAAUACUACGAAAAAGAUGUGCAAGUGAGAAGCAGUGACAAAUCCAGGUGUCUUAUGAGUGCUGCUACAUUCCUGGCCGGCCUGUACCCUCCCACCGAGCGGCAGAUAUGGAACCCUGAGCUGAUGUGGCAACCUAUCCCCAUUCACUCCUUACCAAGAGAGUUAGAUAAUAUUGUUGCUAGUACUAAACCUUGUAAAGUAUGGAAAGCUAUGUAUGAAGAAUUACUCGAGAAAUCUAAUAAAGAUGCAAAAUACUCGAAACUUUUCGAAUAUUUGAGCAAUCAUACAGGCCAAGAUAUGCACAGUGUGUUGGAAGUUGAUUUCCUGUACAGCACCUUUCAGUGUCAGCAAGAAGCCGGGCUGAAGAUACCUGAGUGGACUAAAAACUACUUUCCUAAUCAAAUGAGGUCUGCAUUCAUGCAGAGUCUGGCCUUGCUUGCUCACAACCACACUUUACAGAGAUUCAAAGUAGGUCCGCUGUUGAGUGAGGUGCGGGAGAACCUGGAGAAGUGGGCGCAGUACAGCGGCGAGGGUCCCGCGCCGCGCUCGCUGCUCGUGUACUCGGGCCACGACGUGAACGUGGUGGCGCUGUGGCGCGCGCUCAACUACACCGAGCUGCUGGAGCCCGAGUACGGCGCCAGUCUGCUCCUCGAACUGCACGAGGAGCUCGACCAGGGAUUCUUUGUCAAGGUGUUUUACCGGAAUAAUACGAAGAUAGAAGUACCAAUGGAGUUGAAACUGUCCUUCUGUGAUGAGCCGUGCCGCUACAGCGACUUCUUGCAGUACAUCGACACGCUGAUCCCCAAGGACUGGGAGGUGGAGUGCCAGAACGCCGCGCACUGAACGACCCGUCUUCGAAUGCCGUGCGAGUUGCUACUGGGUGAAUAUUCAACCAAUUUUUCAUAAUUACUGUUUCGCAGCAUGAAUUGUUACAAGUGAUGAUACUCGGAAGUAACUUUUCAUGUAAACCUAAUGUACCGGUCCUGAGAAGAUAACUAUAUUUUGAUUCGGAUGUCUACCAUCUUUAUUUUACUGAAACAUGCGCGGAUCCGGGGGGGGGGUCAUGAUCCCCUUUACCACGUGGACCCCCCCGGGCACGAAGCUGGAUCCGCGCUUGUACUGAAAGGCUACACACGUGCCACGCCUUUCGGCAAUUGAUUAUAUGAUAUUUAGUACCUUUUGCGUACCGAAUGACAAGUUUAGGGGUAUUAGAUAUAUCGAUGUUACUAAUGGUACCUACAGAAUAGGUUACCUCUUGUUAAUGAUAAUUGUUAAUCUAAAUCUCGAAUGUCAAAUUUUGGUGUUGCAAGAAAUAAUAUCAGACUACACCAUUUUUAGGGUUCCGUAUUUGUGAUAGAUUUGCUCCAUCCAUGUCCUGAACGUCGUAUCGGCACUUUUGGAAAAUACAGAGUCUUUACGAUAACGAUUUGAUUGUUUCCUCAAUUUGUCGUUAAACUCUCAUACAAAAAUAAAUGUAUAAUAAUAAGUAUUCCUGUAUUACUUAAUGAAAUCUGAAUGUUGGUAUCUAACUGAGAAAAUAAGUGCACUUCAGUGAUUUUACGUGUACCUAACUCACUAGCCGACGGAAUAUAGAAUUCUUGCCUCUAGGCGCUAGCGCUACCUCUAGGAAUACCGACCCUACCUAAACACGACAGAUGCCUUAUGAAUUGCCUAUCGUGCCGGUCUACAAGUAAAUGUUGCAAGGAUUUUAAUGCAGCAUAUGUGAUAAGAGAGACUACUAAAUAGCUAGGAAGACAAGUAGCCCUCAGAGCCGGUAAUAGCUACCAACUACUUCAGCGUAGUGAAGAUAUUAAUUUGAUUACAUUCUCGUUAUGUAAUGUACAUAUUGCAAAAGUGUACCAAACAAAAGUAGAUUAAAUACUACAAACACUACAAACAAAUGUAAAAUAUUAACUUCAAUUUCAUACACUUACGAUGGUAGCGGUUACCAGCCCUCAAGUAACUAUAUCUAAGCCAGUUUCCAAUAAGAAUAGGCUAAAUUCAAACCAAUAAUAAAAUGUACCGAAAAAAACUAAAUUUUAAAUGACAAAACUGAGAAGAAAUACUUCUUACUAGCUAUAAUCUGGCUUGAAAAGAUUCACCAGGAGGACCUAAAUUAGUUUAUUUGUACCCUAUUUUGUUGCCAAUGUGUUUCCAGUUCAGACUGUCUAGCUCCUUCCGAACAUCCAUUCCAAAAUAUUUUUUCCAAGCUCUUUUUGGGGUUCCGUAUUUUCCUUUAAUUUUUCUCAAUCUCCACUUUUCGCAUAAGUCAUCUAUGUUUCUAACAACUCUCCCCGCCUGCCUUAAUAUGCCCAUUACCCUUGUCUUAGGCCCAACAAUGCUCGUUGGGCGGACGUGCAUCCCAUAAUGUGGGUUUAGUUUGGGUACUAAAUUCAUAUGUUUGAUCUUCAUACAUUUCACGGUUUCUUUGGCAUAGUGAGCUGAAGCGGAAUCAAGUCAGAACAUAGUAACUCAUGCCCAAAUCAAGGAUAUCCUAAGGAAUACGAGAAGAGUUAUCAGAUACAUUGGUGACUUACGGAUGAGGUAGAAUCCUGCAGCAAAAAAUGUGAAAAAAUGUUUGGAAAAGUUAUUUUGGCAGGGGUUCGCAAGAAGCUGUACAUUGACCUGGAAAUACAGUGGCGACAAAAAAGUGUAAAAGUAAGCUAAUUUAGGUCCUCCAGGCAGGCAAUCAUGGUCGCAUGAUAAACGAUAAAACGUCAGGCC